AAGAAAGAAAACGGGAAAGAUAAAUAUGUGUAUAUAUUAAUGUACAACCAGUUAGAGCAGUCCCAUUACGGAUGGAUAUACCGAUACACACUUAAAUUUACUUUUCCUCCUCGUUCUUUUUCUCGUGUCCGUAACGAGCAGUUACGCUGCACGUGAUAUGAAUGAGGUAUAUAUAACCGAUCAACCUCGCACAUCUCUGAAGAGUCGAGUCUCUUGCUCCGUCAUAACCUAACGCAACUAACGUGGCAAUAUUUCGUCAACAAUAACUGCACAGCAUGUCGAUCGUCCGAUAAUUCUCGUUCAGAAUGGUACACCCUGACGAUACGCUCCGGAAAAAAUGCUGCAUACCCGUCGCAAGUCGCUGUUGAAAUUGUCAUUUUGCACACUGUACGUAAUCGGCAUUCUAAUAAUCGCUAAGCAAUUAUUUCGUGUCCGCAACAGUCCCCGAACUCGUGAAGAACAGUCUCCAUUCCGUCCGGGGGAUGACGAUAAUUCUCAAAGACAAAAAGAUGUGAACAUCGUAUUACGGACAUUACAAAUGGACAGAUACGAGCGACAGAUAUCAAAAUUGGAACAUAAUGUUGUAUCUGAACUUGGAGAAAAUGGAGAGCCUACUUAUUUAUAUGGAAAAGACAAGAUUCUCGGUGAAGCGGCACUUGCAAAAAAAGCGUUGAACGUCGUCCUCUCAAACAAGAUAUCAUUAACCAGAAAAUUGCCAGAUGUACGCAACCCACUAUGUAUGAAUAUUACGUACGACAAAUUAUUACCAAGUGCUAGCAUAAUAAUUAUUUUUUAUAAUGAACCAUGGAGCGUUUUAUUACGCACAGUACACAGUGUCUUGAGACGUUCUCCACCAAAGUUAUUAAAAGAAAUUAUUUUAGUAGACGACCAUAGUGAGGAAGAAGAACUUCAGGGACAAUUAAAUUAUUAUAUUUCGACGCGUUUACCUGUCAAAGUAAAACUAUUAAGAUUACCAUAUAGACAAGGACUGAUACGUGCUCGUCUUCAUGGUGCAAAAAAUGCUGUAGGUGAUGUUCUUGUCUUUCUGGAUGCGCAUUGCGAAGUUAUUAAAGACUGGUUACAACCUCUACUACAGCGAAUAAAGGAUAAUAGAAGUGCUGUAUUAAUGCCAAUAAUUGAUAACAUUUCUGAGGAGACAUUAGAAUACUUCCACGAUAACGAAGCAUUUUUCUUUCAAGUUGGUGGUUUUACAUGGUCGGGACAUUUUACGUGGAUAAAUAUUCAGAAAAGCGAAAUUGAAUCGCGUGUUUCUCCCAUAUCACCAACUAGGUCUCCUACCAUGGCAGGCGGUCUAUUUGCUAUUAAUAAAAAAUAUUUUUGGGAAAUUGGUAGUUAUGAUGAUGAGAUGGAUGGUUGGGGAGGUGAAAACUUGGAGAUGUCUUUCAGAAUUUGGCAAUGCGGUGGUACAUUAGAAAUCAUUCCUUGUUCCCGAGUUGGCCAUAUAUUUCGAAAUUUCCAUCCAUACAAAUUUCCAAAUGAUAAAGAUACUCAUGGAAUAAAUACUGCUCGUUUAGCAUUUGUAUGGAUGGACGAAUAUAAAAGAUUAUUUUUACUUCAUCGUAGCGAGUUCAAGGACAAUCCGAAACUGAUUGGAGAUAUAAGCAAACGUUUGGAAUUGCGGAAGAAGCUCAAGUGUAAAAGUUUCAAAUGGUAUCUCGAUAAUAUUUAUCCAGAAAAAUUCAUCCCUGAUGAAAAUGCGAUAGCUUAUGGUCGUGUCAGAUUGCGCAAUCGACGACUAUGUUUAGACAAUCUACAACAUGAUGAAGAUAAACCGUACAAUUUAGGUUUAUAUAAUUGUCAUACUAAGUUAUAUCCAAGUCAGUUUUUUUCAUUAAGCAAAUCUGGUGAAUUACGGAGAGAAGAUAUCUGUGGGAGAAUAUUGGAUAAUGAUUCAAAAUCAUAUGCACAAAUUCAAAUGUCUGAUUGCAAUAAUGAAAAAGAUGGAAAGGAAUGGAUAUUAACAAAGGAUGGCAGAAUAAUAAACGUAGAAACUGGUCUUUGUCUUGAUGGUACUAAACUACAUAACGAUGAAAAUGUACGAGCAACUCACUGCAUUAAUACACCAGAUCAAUUUUGGAAAUUCGAUUUCUAUUCCAAUAAAGUGUUGUCUAUAUAGCAUAUCUUCUAUCAUUUGUUUAGAAGAUAUUCUGAUGUCUGUACAUUAUUAAAAAAUAAAAGUUUUUUAAUCUU